AAAUUCACACUUAGUCAACCUCAGUGCUUGCUGAAGGGAAAGAAAAAUGGGCAAAUUGAGAAGUUCUUUUUACGCAAUUCUUUUUGUAUUCGCUGCUCUUUCUAUCACUAAUGGCCACGUUGAAUUCCGUUUUUCUACAAUCUAUGGUGAUCAUAUGGUGUUGCAACAAGCGCCAAAACGGGCAAUCGUGUGGGGUUACGGUGAAGUUGGUCAAAACGUGGUGCUGAACCUUAGAAACAACUCGUACAGUGUAAACGUUUCUGAAAGAGAAGAAGUCGGAUAAUGGAACGGAGGCAAUAAAUGAUUCCAUUAAUUAUCCCAAGAUACGAUUGUUUUCUGCAGGCCUUGAUUGCAGUGUUAUGCCUAGGACGGAGUUAUGCAAAAUAGAAUUGCCUUGGUCCGUUGCUUCACCAGAAACGGUAGGUGGAAACUCGUGGGCAUAUUUUUCUGCCGUAUGUUGGUAUUAUGGAGUGCAGCUGUACAAGACAUUGAACUACUCAAUUGGCUUGAUCGCCACUAGUUUUGAAGGAAGUCCUAUAGAAUCAUGGUCCUCACAGGAUGCUCUUAAACAAUGUGGAUGGAUUAAGGAAUUUUUAUUUGCUCUACCGAAUUCAGGAUUACCUUUGUUGAGUACGUUCCCGCUGUAUAGUUGUAUGUGGAAUUCCAUGAUUGUGCCGUUUCUUAAUAUGACCAUCUAUGGUGCCAUAUUUUAUCAAGGAGAAACAAAUGCUAUGAACCCAAAAUAUUUUGUGUUGCCGUACAACUGUACUUUUCCUGCCAUGAUAAAUGAUUGGAGAGCAAAAUGGUACGCUUCUACACAAAAUAACACUGACCCACAGUUUCCUUUUGGUUUCGUUCAGUUGUCCGCUGUUAAUUACAGCCAGUCGUUACAUUUUGCUCAGUUACGUUGGGACCAAACAGCACAGAAGGGCUACGCUCCAAAUGCACAACUAAACAAUACUUUUAUGGCUGUAACAAUGGACUUGGGAAAUCCUUCAUCACCAUAUACGAGCAUACAUCCCACUGAUAAAUUCAAUGUUGGCUAUCGCUUGGCGUUAUCUGGCCUUUCAUUGGUUUAUGAUAAAAAAAAGUACUUCACUGGACCACUUGUACGAAAAAUCGAAAGGAUUGCAGUCAAACUUGGCACUCUUCUUGAGAUAAAGUAUGAAUUUGUUAACGAAACGAUUGAAGUAAGGAAACACACAGGCUUUGAGGUACUUUGUGAUGGUACUUGGACAGCGUCACGAAUUGUGCACUAUACCAUCACAUCCGUAUUCCUACGGGCCCGUUGUAAUCCUGACAAGGUCAGAUAUGCUUGGUCUGACUAUCCUUGCGAGUCAUUGAAGUGUGCUGUUUACAGUGGAGGACUACCUUCUCCACCAUUUAUUAUGGAUGGUCCAUUUUCCUUGAAAUAAAAACUUAAAUGAUUUUUAUACCGCGUAAUCAACUUUUUUUAGUUAGCAUUCAUUUGUAUUUGUUAUUAUUGAGUUGAAAACAAAAAAUGCAAAAUUCGUCUUUUAGUCUUUUUGUUAAAAUUUCAAAAUUAAGUAUUUUGAAAUUACAAUUUGAGAAUCACAUAAGAAAAAUUAUUCGAAAAUAUUUAAACUAAGAUACGACACAUCAUUAUUUUCCCAUUAAAUGUUGCAAAAGCUUUAA